UCGGCAAUUUGGAGGCUGUAGCAACGAGGGUUCGCAAAGGGUGUACACAUGGGACAAACCACGCUGGAACUACCCGGGGACCAAACUGUACUCACGUGUACCUCAACCGUGUCUGGGGCUACCUUUUGAUGUGAGCAAGCCACGGAAAGGGAGAAGUUCUCCCGACUGGACAGAGAGGAGAGAGCGCUGAGGGAGGCGAGGGCGGACCUACAGAAGAGGAUGGAGAUCUGUCUGUACGGCCGGCCACGGGACCCGCCGCUACCCGUGCUGUGCCAG